AGUUGCCGCCCGCCGCUGCCGCCGGGCGCGGGGGAAAGUUGGGCUCCCUUAGGGCGGCGGCGGGGGCGGCCGGGCCGAGCUCCCUCCUCCUUCUCCGUUCUCCUCCUCCCCGCCGGCGGCUCCGAUGCGGCGGAAGCAGAAGCGGCUGCUACAGGCGGUGGGGCUGGUGCUGGCCGCUCUCGUCUUCUUGCCCAACGUGGGGCUCUGGUCCCUUUACCGAGAGCGGCAGCUGGAGGGCGGUGGGGCGGCUGGCGGGGAGGGGGCCGCCGCCGCGGGGCCACCGGGGGCAGCGGCCGGCGAAGUGCCGGCAUCGUAUGUGAGGCAAAAGAAAGACCCCUACUUUGGUGAUGGACAAAGGAAAAAGGACUGGCAUAACAAAGAAGCUAUAAGAAGGGACUCUGAGCGUGUAGGAAAUGGAGAACAGGGAAAACCUUACCCAAUGACUGAUGCAGAGCGAGUGGACCAGGCAUACAGGGAAAAUGGCUUUAAUAUCUUUGUGAGUGAUAAAAUUUCUCUGAACCGUUCCCUUCCAGACAUCAGACAUCCAAACUGCAAGAAUAAGCUGUACCUGGAGAAGCUUCCUAACACCAGCGUGAUCAUUCCAUUCCACAACGAAGGAUGGUCCUCGCUGCUCCGGACAGUGCACAGUGUCCUGAACCGCUCCCCACCUGAGCUGGUAGCGGAGAUAGUGCUGGUGGAUGACUUCAGUGACAGAGAACACCUCAAGAAACGCCUGGAAGAUUAUAUGGCCCAGUUCCCAAAUGUGAGAAUCCUCCGAACCAAAAAGAGAGAAGGGCUGAUCAGAACCCGCAUGCUGGGCGCCUCGGUGGCCAUAGGGGAUGUCAUCACCUUCCUGGACUCCCACUGCGAGGCCAAUGUCAACUGGCUGCCACCUCUCUUAGAUCGCAUUGCCCGAAACCGCAAGACUAUCGUUUGUCCUAUGAUUGAUGUUAUUGAUCAUGACCACUUUGGAUAUGAGACUCAGGCUGGAGAUGCAAUGAGAGGUGCAUUUGACUGGGAGAUGUAUUACAAGAGGAUCCCCAUUCCUCCUGAGUUGCAGAAACCUGACCCCAGUGAUCCCUUUGAGUCUCCUGUAAUGGCUGGAGGACUGUUUGCAGUCGAUAGAAAGUGGUUCUGGGAGCUGGGAGGGUAUGAUGCAGGUCUGGAGAUAUGGGGAGGAGAGCAGUAUGAAAUAUCCUUUAAGGUAUGGAUGUGUGGAGGUCGCAUGGAGGAUAUUCCCUGCUCUAGAGUUGGUCACAUCUACAGAAAAUAUGUUCCCUACAAAGUUCCAACAGGAGUCAGCCUGGCAAGGAACCUGAAGCGGGUGGCCGAGGUGUGGAUGGAUGAAUACGCAGAGUUCAUUUACCAGCGCAGACCGGAGUACCGGCACCUCUCUGCGGGCGACGUCGCGGCUCAGAAGGAGCUCCGCAACAACCUCAACUGCAAGAGCUUCAAGUGGUUCAUGAACGAGGUCGCCUGGGACUUGCCAAAGUUUUACCCACCAGUGGAACCACCAGCAGCUGCUUGGGGAGAGAUACGCAAUGUAGGAACUGGACUGUGUGUGGAUACUAAGCAUGGAGCUCUGGGAUCCCCCCUGAGGCUGGAAAACUGUGUGAAGGACAGAGGAGAGGCAGCAUGGAACAACGUGCAGGUGUUCACAUUCAGCUGGCGAGAGGACAUCCGACCUGGGGAUCCCCAGCACACCAAGAAGUUCUGUUUCGAUGCCAUUUCCCACAGCAGCCCUGUGACCCUCUAUGACUGUCAUGGAAUGAAGGGGAACCAGCUCUGGAGAUACCGAAAAGACAAGACCCUCUACCAUCCUGUAAGCAGCAGCUGUAUGGACUGCAGUGAGAGCGACCGAAAGAUCUUUAUGAAUAGCUGCAAUCCUUCAUCUCCAACACAGCAGUGGAUAUUUGAACACACAAACUCAACUGUCUUGGAAAAAUUUAACAGAAAUAUUGAUCUUUAAAAGACUUGAGGACGGGGGGGGGGGAAAUAUAUAUAUAUUUUACAAUUCUAGUUUUUACUGGGGAGGGUUACAAAAAGAUUUUUUAAGAAUACUUUUUUUUAAACAGUUAAUGAAGGUAAAAGGGAGAAUCUCAGGAGAAGGUUAACUAGCAGGCCAGUCUUUAUUGUGAAGAUGCUGCAUCCUUCUCUUCUGGGGGUGGUGAAAUCUUAAAAGGCUUUGCCAGAGCCACUUUUGUGCUGAGACUGGAACAGAAACUCUGUUUUUAGAGAAGUCUGAAUGUGAUUCAAUCUCCCUUUUUUUUUCCCCCCUUUUAUUUUGGUUGGUUUGGUGUUGGGGUUUUUUUUUUGCUUGUUUGUUUUUUUUGAUUGUGUUGUUUUGGGUUGUGGUGGGGUUUUUUUUACUGUUUUAUUUCCCAUCUGGGUCUGAUGUUAAAUGAUUCUGUUAUCCAGGUCUCUCCAGGACUUUCUGUAGCUGCUCUACCACCCACUGAAACAUUGCCACAUAGGUGCUUUAUCUUCCAAAGGCCAUAUAAGUAGAAUCUUGAACACAAGUUGUAAUCCUCCAAUCAAAAAGAAGAAAAGGCCAUCAAAAUGUAAAGUGAAAUCAUUUCUUUUUUUUUUUUCUGCCCUGGCCUAAAAUAUAUUUCAAACAGGUUGAGUAUUAUUACUUUCCAAGUCAUAGCUCUGAUAAAGGAAUGAGUUCUAGUGGAAGUGCAGCCAAGUGUGGGGAAUAUCGCUGUAGUUAUUAGCGAUGAGGACUCUGGGUUUCUGGUCCAUUCACUUUGCAGUCAGUUUGUCACUCACUGUUGAAUCUUCAAGGUGAAAGAUUAGCAGAGGGGUUUUAGGUAAGUACAGUUGGUACAGGUAAAGAUUUUUUAAGAGCCUUUUGAAUAUCAGGAUCCAAAAUUGCCUCUUACUCAGAAUCAUUGUAACACAGACACCUCUAAGAGUUUCUCAGAGCUAAAUCUACUAGAUGAAGGUAGCUUCCAUUUUUCCUUUAGAGGUUUCAAGGCUAACUCAAUUCACAGUUGGUGAGCAGAUUAAUACAUGAUAAUUAAGUUAGGGCUGAGAUGAGCCAUUGGUCUUUAUCCAGUUGUUCAUCAGUGUGUAGCUCAUUGCAGUCCUGUGGUCAGUAGUGUUCUAGGCUUGUGGGAGUGUGCUGUUAAUCUUUCCUCUCUUCCCAGCAUCCACAGCACUGUGCAGUUUAUUGUCACUGGAGAUCUGUUUACUUAAGCAGAGAUGUGGAAUUGCUGGGCUCAGUUCACUGGUACCUAUGCCUUCUGUGCUCAGUUAGCAGUGCAACCCUUUCUGGUUUGGCUGUAGCAUCUGCCAAACACUGGCCCAUAUCUGUCUCAUCCCAGCAACUGGAAAAAGGAAUGACACCAAAGGCUGAAUGCAGGACCACUGGUUUCAAGUCUUAUCCCCAAAGCAAGUGUUUAAAACAAACCCAAACCCACACCCACCCUGCUUUAAAAUGAAGUUGUUACAAACCCAGAUUUACUAAUUCAGCCAACUCAGUCUUACAGUGAGGGCAGCAAUAGCAUUUCCUGGUAGAAGCUGUGGCUGAUGGAGCCACAUGUUGUGCACAUGGCACAACAAAACUUGCCCUUUUCUGGUAAUUGCCCAGCUCCACUGUUUGCCCAGCUAGUGUGCAGCCAGCUUGAGAAACGAAAGCUGAAGCACUUGGUGUAGGAGCAGGGCACCCCUCUGGGACUUUAAGUAUGGUUAAUGGCUCUUCCCUUCUCAGAAGGGCAGGAAGCUCUCCUCUGAGGUCUCUUUGUCUCAUGUGAAGUCAAGGAGAUAUUUGCCUGGUAUCAAGAAAUGAACAGGCUGGCUCCCUCUGCAGAGCUCCAGAAGUGCAAAGCCCUUUGUAGCGUUGCCAGUUAUAGGAUCGUUGCCUGUGUUUCAGAUGUCUUUGAGGCCAUGUAGUACUGUGUCUGCCAACUGGGAGCAAGCUGGGACACAACUAUCUGCCUCCCUAGCUCUCAUGUCUCAUGUUUUAACUAUGAGCCCUGAAAUCAUUUCCACCUCUCAUCCUCACAGCUGAGGCCAUGCCUGUCCUUUUCUGCCAGCCUACCUGGUCAUGCAGUCACAAAGCAAAGGAAACAUGGAUAUUGCAUUAGAGCUGGGACCAGGCUUGCCAAAUGUGGUGGUGUCUAACCCUGUGGGAGCAAAGAAAGAAGAAAAGCUCUAGGCUUUCCUUGUGACAGUUCUGCAGCAGCAUUGCUGUGGAAGUGAGGCCAACACCAGAGCUGAGAUCAUAGGGUCUCAGUAACUACAAGUCUGUCAUUAGGAUCCCUUCUCAUUUCUGUGGCAGACAAGGCACCUUCCAGUGCUUUGUGCCUGGCUGUUGCUUUCCUUAAGUUAUUAAUGCUCUCAUUAGUCUGUUAGUGCUGACUGUGGAUCCCUGGAUGGCCUGACUAGACGUCUGUAUGAAUGUUUUAAUACCUGUGAAACGAGAAGCUGUUUGUCCACGGACAGCACUCAUUUUUUAUGGCUGGGACACAAUCAGUGAGUUAUAAAUGGACUGUAGGUCGUUUUGCUUGCAGCUUGCAACUUUGUGUCUUAGAAGCUAAUCCUCUCAUUAGAAAACUGUUUCUGCAAUGCAUGGCUUGCUUUGUACUUGGGCUCACCUUGUGCAGAGAGUCCUGGCUGCUUGGCUUGCUGGACGCUUACUUCCAAGAGAACUGCAGUAAGGAACAGGUCUUUUACCACUUAGUGAUCUUAAUGUGGAGAGAAAAGAUAGCUCCUAGCAGUUUGCACCAAAAGAUUAGGUAAUUGUCGAGGCAAUUCCUGCUUGACAAUCGACCACCAGUACGUGGAAACCAUAGCUUCAGUGUGAGUGAUCCUACUGGGUCCUUCUCAGUGGGCUUCAUCUGAUCUGUCUUCUGAAGGUGUGGGUGGGAUCUGGUUGUGAUAAGUGCCUCACAAAUUCUCUGUGCUUCUGACUGGCUCGCUGGGUUUAGAGCUAUUAAUUUAUUCUCAUCAGUUAUAUUUCCAACACCCUAGAGGCUUUGUUGACUAACAAGAAUACUUACUAUAGCCAUCCAUCCACAGAUUGAGAAAUAGAAGCUGUACUUCAUCAUCUACAUCUUUAACUGAGUCUUUUCUGGGCAAUCUGGUUAAUUAUUCCAAUUACUUGCUGUUAUUUGUAAGCAAGAUUGCUAAAGCAUGAGUGCAUAGGCAAAUCUUCACAUCUGCAUGCAAGUCAAGACUGGAGAUUAAAUACCAGUGAUUAUCUAAUGCAAAAAUAAAUAUCUUCCUAUUUUUCCCCAAAAAAAUAUUCAAACACCUCUCUCUGGCUGCAUAAAUUCUGCUGCUUUUAAGUAUCAAAAUCACAGAAAAACAGAGGGGGAUCCCUGGAUGUGGGGUUUUUUUUUUGUCACAUAAUAAUACUUUGAUUUGCUCUUGAAGCUGUUGUUGAUAUUUACUGGUGCUAAUCUCUAAAGCCUACAAACAGAGUUAGAGGUUUGGGGCUCUUCUGUGUGCAAGGUGUCUUUUUUCAUGCCUGGGAAAUUAACUUUCUUUUCCACACUGUAAUAAAAGAGGAGUGAGCCUUACUGAAAGAGGAAUACAGCAUCAUUAAAAUAAAGAUGUGCCUUUUUAAAUGUAAAUGUACAGCAAAUGCUUAAACUUGAACCAUUUCUUAGUGCCUUGCUGGACAAGAGAAAAGAGGGGAAGGGGUUGGGAGAUAAGGAUAUAAGAGAAAGCUUGACUUGUGCAGUGUUUGUGUUUGUGUGUGUUUUUUAAACUAGGUGCAAAAUUUGUGUGAACUACAGUAAUUCAGAAGCUCCUGAGUUUCCUCUGUUCAGUGGCUAUCAUUAAGGACUUUGAGGGAUUGUCAUUCCUAUUAGGAAGACUUGGAAAAGAGGUCAGCUUCCUCUGGGCACACUAACAGCUAAAGCUAGACCAGAGGAUGUCUUGGCUCACCUCACGGUGAAGGCUCAUGCAUUUCACCAGCAUUCAAGAUCCUGCAAUUUAUUUCCUGAGUAUCCAGAUCAGAAAUCACAAAUAGUCCCAAAGCCACAUCGAUAGUGGAGCAGAAGUGCUUUCAGAAAGGUGAUACCUUCCAUCUCUGGGAAACUUCUGAAGGAUAUGUUUAAAUCUCUAAUACAGAAGUAGCAAGAAAGCAGUUUCUCAGUUUAACUUUCUUCCUGCCUUUUUUUUUUACAGCAGCCUAUGCAAAGAGCUUUGCUCUUCUCUCUUGGAGAGUUCAAGUCAGCAAACUUCCCUUUUCCCUGCUGCACUGAAACAUCAGUGUACUGAAAGUCAAACAGGUACCACCAGCAACUGGCACUGCAGGAGCACAGGGCUAUCUAUCCACUGUAGGAUCAUUAUAGCAGCUAUGCUGGCUCACAGCACUGAGGAGAGAGAUCUCCUGGAAGUCACACUGGGCAAUCGUGUGACUGCAGUCUACAAAGGGAGAAGCUUUCAUUGUAAAUUGUCUUUCAAGAUAUGGACAGGCACCUGAAUGGUUUUGACUGGAGAGAACAGACAGCCUCUAGCAGUCAGCUUGUCAUGCUUUCAAUCAGAAGAGCCCUGAUAAAGUUAUGUCUGAGAAAGUCUGGCUUUGCUAGCACAAGGGAUUCAAGCAUAGCUUGCAUCACUCCCAUCUGCUGUGCUUCGUGUUGCUACUCACCUGUAUUUUUAACCACUUUCAAUAGAGGAGCCUGGUGGUGCCAAAGAAAGUCCUUAUCAUAGAAUCAACAAGGUUGGAAGAGACUUCCAAGAUCAUCCAGUCCAACCUAUCACCCAGCCCUAUCCAAUCAACUGGACCAUGGCACUAAGUGCCUCAUCCAGCCUUUUCUUGAGCACCUCCAGGGUGUUAUCUGACAAGUGGCAGUCUAGGUUUCCAUUUUAACAAUCAUUUAGCAUGCAAAGCUUCUUAACUAUUGAGCAAACUCUUGCCAACUUGGUGAGUAGCUUGAAGUUAAUGUCAGUUUGUGGGAGUAAGAUUAAAAGGUCUUUCACAGGAUCCAUAGAGAAAGGGGGGCUGGACUGGGAAUCAGGAGCACUGCUUCCUGCUCCCAGUCUAGCAGUGGCCUGUUGCCUGAUCUUAAGCAAGGGGAAGUCUGUGUGCUGCUGUUUCCCAGCCUGUGUAAGAUUUGUCUUUAAGUGCUUUAUUCACUGAGUGUCAAGUCCAUGUUUUCAGAGAAGCUGCAAGUUCUCACCUGAUCCAAGUGGAGAGGAAAAGAGAGAAGCGAAGGGUGGAGAAUGGGAAAUCAGAACUCUGAAAUUUCCACCAGCUUUCAACGCACAGUUGUCAAUUCAUUUCAUGUUCCUCAUUAAGAAGAUUGAUUUAUUCACAUUAAAAAUGCAAAGUGUAACUGAAAUGUAACUCCCACUCUGAUUGCUCCUUUGCAGCGUCACACUUCAGCUUGGAGAUCUCUGUAUGAAACUAAGCAAUGACAGAUUCUGGAAAGCCUAAUAAAUAUCCCAUCUCUGCUUUUUAACUCUGCUUCUGCCAGCUGAAUAUGCUCCUUUACUUGCUGCAUUUGAGCUUUCUUGAUGCUUCUGUAUGACCCAAAAGGCUCCAAUGUUUCCAGCAGAUGUGAGGCAUUUGGGAGUUUUAUUGAAAGCCUCUGGAUCUAUGUGGACUUAAAUCUACUACUUCAACUCCAGGGGAAAAAAAAAAAAGUCCUAAUCCAAAUUAGUGAGCAAGAAAAUAUGAACUUGAGCCACAAAGGAAGAUAAAAAGUUAUCAAGCUAACAGAGUGAAACGUUAGCCUGUAGGAUAACAAUAACAAAUAGCUUUAGCCUCUAGGGUGGAGAAGGGAAUUGGUUUCAAAAUGCAUUCUCCAGGAUCUUGGUGAUAAGGUCUAAGUUUGUCUAUUCCUUGUACUGCAUGCAUUUAUCUGUGAAACUGGAUGGUGCCUCUUGAAUCAGUGUAUAUUUAUUAUGUGCAUAUUGGGACCAACAGCCUAAUAUCUGGGGGGUGGUGAAGGACUUGUAGCACUUUAAUGUAGUAGCUUUCAUAAAUUGGGACUCAUUGAUAGAACACCUAGUGUUUUUAAAAGUUGGAUGGACUUCCUUUUAUAAUAUAUUUAAAAUAAAUUUUUAAUGUGUUUUCUGAAAA